GCCAGUUAAUAACCCUGUGGCCUUAACAAUGGCCUCUAGGUGUUCAAGUGAAAGGAAGAGUCGGACUUCUCUCACGUUAAAUCAGAAGCUGGAAAUGAUUAAGCUUAGUGAGGAAGGAAUGUCGAAAGCCGAGAUAGGCCGAAAGCUAGGCCUCUUGCGACAAACAGUUAGCCAAGUUGUGAAUGCCAAGGAAAAGUUCUUGAAGGAAAUUCAAAGUGCGACUCCAGUGAACACACGAAUGAUAAGAAAGCAAAACAGUCUUAUUGCUGAUAUGGAGAAAGUUUUAGUGGUCUGGAUUGAAGAUCAAACCAGCCACAACAUUCCUUUAAGCCAAAGCCUAAUACAGAGCAAGGCCCUAACGCUCUUUAAUUCUAUGAAGGCCGAGAGGGGCGAGGGAGCUGCAGAAGAAAAGUUUGAAGCCAGCAGGGGUUGGUUUGUGAGAUUUAAGGAAAGAUGCUGUCUCUAUAACAUCAGAGUGCAAGGUGAAGCAGCAGGUGCUGAUGUAGAAGCUGCAGCAAGUUACCCAGAAGGUCUAGCUAAGAUAAUUAAUGUAGGUGGCUACACUAAACAACAAAUUUUCAAUGUAGACGAAACAGCCUUAUACUGGAAGAAGAUGCCAUCUCGGACUUUCAUAGCUAGAGAGGAGAAGUCGAUGCCUGGCUUCAAAGCUUCAAAGGACAGGCUGACUCUCUUGUUAGGGGCUAAUGCGGCUGGUGACUUUAAGUUGAAGCCAAUGCUCAUUUACCAUUCCAAAAAUCCUAGGGCCCUUAGGAAUUAUGCUAAGGCGACUCUGCCUGUGCUCUAUAAAUGCAACAACAAAGCCUGGAUGACAGCACAUCUGUUUACAACAUGGUUUACUGAAUACUUUAAGCCCACUGUUGAGACCUACUGCUCAGAAAAAAAGAUUCCUUUUAAAAUAUUACUGCUCAUUGACAAUGCCCCUGUUCACCCAAGGGCUCUGAAGGAGAUGUACAACGAGAUUGACGUCGUUUUCAUGCCUGCUAGCACAGCAUCCAUUCUGCAGCCCAUGUGCCAAGGAGUAAUUUUGACUUUCAAGUCUUAUUAUUUAAGAAAUACAUUUCGUAAGGCCGUCGUUGCCAUAGAUAGUGAUCCCUCUGAUGGAUCUGGGCAAAGUAAAUUGAAAACCUUCUGGAAGAGAUUCACCAUUUUAGAUGCCAUUAAAAACAUUCGUGAUUCAUGGGAAGAGGUGAGAAUAGCAACAUUAACAGGAGUUUGGAAGAAACUGAUUCCAACCCUCAUGAAUGACUUUGAGGGGUUCAAGACUUCAGUGGAGGAAGUCACUGCAGAUGUGGUGCAAAUAGCAAGAGAACUAGAAUUAGAAGUGGAACCUGAGGAUGUGACUGAAUUGCUGCAAUCUCAUGACAAAUCUUUAACAGAUGAGGAGUUGCUUCUUAUGGAUGAGCAGAGAAAAUGGUGUCUGGAGAUGGAGUCUACUCCUGGUGAAGAUGAUGUGAAGAUCGUUGAAAUGACAACAAGGGAUUUAGAAUAUUACAUAAACUUAGUUGAUGAAGCAACAGCAGGGUUUGAGAGGAUCGACUCCAAUUUUGAAAGAAGUUCUACUGUGGGUAAAAUGCUGUCAAACAGCAUCGUGUGCUACAGAGAAAUCAUUCGUGAAAGGAAGAGUCAGUUGAUGAGGCAAACUUCAUCAUCGUCGUAUUUUAAGAAAUUGCCACAGCCGCCCCAGCCUUCAGCAACCACCACCCUGAUCAGUCAGCAGCCAUCGACAUUGAGGCCAGACCCUCCACCAGCAAAAAGAUUACGACUCUCUGAAGGCUCACAUGAUAGUUAGCUUUUCUUUCUUUCUUUUUUUUUUUUUAAGCAAUAAAGUACUUUUUAAUUAAGGUACUUUUAGACAUAAUGCUAUUAUACACUUAAUAGACUGUAGGAUAGUAUAAGCAUAACUUUUAUAUGCAUUGGGAAACUGAAAAAUUCGUGUGACUUGCUUUAUUGCAGUAUUCGCUCUGUUGUGGGGGUCUGGAACUGAACCUACCGUAUCGCCAAGGUACGCCUGUAAUUUAAUGUUAAUUAUCAUUUUUGAGAAGUUACUGAAUUAUUUUCUUCCUUGGAUGGUAACUGCAAUUAUCAAAUCUGGUAGUUCUUAUGAAUCUCCAAAGAUCCUUAGAAGAAAGAGGACCUGGAAGCUAUUUUGAGUAUUUGUAAAACCCUAUCAGGAACCAUAUCUAUGUUAAAGCUUCAGGAGCAAAUAAUAAGUAACUUGUUUUUAAAUAUUCAAUGCAAAUUAUAGUAAUUUGGUAAGGUAAAUAACAAUAAUUUAAUUACCUUUGCUGAUCAGAAGAGCUGUUUUGUGCUUUGUCUUAAGCACAUGAGAAAAACAUAUUGAUAGACAAAAUCUUUAAAACUACAAAAUCUGCAAGGAAGACCAGUAAUAAAACUUAAAAAAAACAAAACAAAAACUGAGAACCACUCAUCUCGUACAACUAUUAUUCUGUUGAUUGGACUCAAGGGAAAGAAAAGCUAGUGGCUUAGCAGGGAUCACAGCAAACAUUAAGGGCAGAGUGUGGGUUAUGCUCAGCUCUCUUUUCUCCAAAUCGUGAUGCCGUACUACCUCAGAUGUACUCUUGUUUCUCCUGGUCUUGGCUUAAGAACUUUUCCUAUUCUGUUCCAGUGUGUGCUUUAAAGGCAUUUUACUUGUGGUGUUUACAUGGAUCCCUGUUUGUUAGGAUACUUUCCCUGACAAGUAACAGAAACCCAACUCUGUCUGGCUUAAACAGCAAAAGGAUUUGUUAGCUCACUUACCUGGAAAGUCCAGAGGCAGGGUUUACUUAGGGAUCAGUCUGAGUCAGCAGGCCAGUGCUGUCCUUAAGAACCAACUUUCUUUCCUUCUCCUGAGUCUUUGGCAGGGCCAGCUUCAUCCUCAGGCCUAGCUCCUUUACAGAGGAAAAUGGCAGUUGUUCCAGGCUUCACAUCUACAUAUCACCCCCUCCAGCAGGGAAAAUGUACUCUCAGAAGUACUGUGAGAAUUCUUUUCCACAGAAGCUCUCAAUCAGCUUCUCCUACAUCUCAGCCCAGAUUUGGUCACACGCAGUUUGUAACCAGCUGCUCUUAGGGAAUGACAUGCUAUAGCACAAGUUAGCUAAACCAGCGCCAGGGAAAAGAGAAUUACCCUCGCUGUUUGAGGCUGUAGUUAAAGCCCGUCCCAGAGCCGGAUUGAGGUCAGCCUACUCAGAAGCGAAUAGAGAGGCUCCUAAAUAAGAACUGGGAAGAGCUAUGGAGAAAGGUGUGGAUACUGGAAGCAGUCAACAAAUAUCCAUUAAAAUAAUCUAUCUACUUCAUUUUAAAUGGCCAUAUUUUAACAGGAACUUUCUGGCCUAAUAGGUUUAUUUUGAGAACGUACAGUAUCUUUCAAUUAAGAAGACAUACCCAGGGACACGUUCUCAUCAGAAACUUGCUGGAGGUGGGAACGAGCUCACCAGUUCUAUUUGAGGACCCGAUUUCCCUUUUUUCCUCAGCAAACAGCCUUUAGCCGUCUAAUGCCCCCACACAGAGAUAUUUCCCACUAGUGACAAUCACACCUAAGGCCUGGGCAUGUUGACCUGCUGUGGAAUUGUAGUUAGUGCAAUUUUUUUCAGCUUGGGACCAAGAAUAUUGAGGCAAGCCCAGUGACCUCGGGCUGAGGACAUAAAACUCCAAGUCCUAGACAUUUAUUUGUCUAAUAACAUGAUUCUAGCCCAACCCCAUUUUAAGUGAAUACCAGCACACAGUGCAUAAAGUAAGCCGAUUACACGGCCUUUUUUGUCCUGUGCUGUCCUGAGGGUCCAGCCUUGAGGCAGCCAGUGAAUGAGGUCUGAAAGGUACUUUUCCAGCUUUGGCGAAUAGCAUCAUGGUGAUGUUCUAGCACUGUAAUGCAUGAUCGUUACUCCUGCAGAAAUGAUUUAUGAAUAACUUAUUAAUAACUUGGGUUAAACACUGUUAGGUACCUUGCCUACAUUGACAGAACCUUUGGAAGAAAAACUGGGCUCAUCUUGCCCCUGGAGCAGAGAACCUGGACUCCUGAUGCCUGUGGGCCACUCCCCACUCCAUUGCCUGCUAGGGAAUGGAGAGAGAACCAGAGGUUAUAGGUGGUACCUUUGCAGUGUUUGAAGUUCCAAACAGCUAAAACCUCACAGACUUUAGGAAGCAGCUCUUCUCUGGGCUGUGGGCUACUGGCAUCCCCCCUUACAAAUUCUAGGGACUUUUUUUGAAGUACUUACUUAAUUGUAAUGCAGAAUAUAAAUUUUGGAACCCACAGGGCCCUCACUUCAGAUUUUUUUUGAUGCACGUGACUAGAGACUUAAAAUUUUAAGAAGCUGGAUUUUCAGUUUACAUCCAGCAGAUGGCACCAUACAUAAUGUGAAAGCCGAGAGCCACACAAUUUGAAGGAGCUGAGCUGUACUGUAGGUGUAUCCCUCCUGCAGUGCCUGAUACCAGUGAUCUUUCUUGUCUUCUCAGAGACACUCGUGAGGCUUAGUCCCCUCGUACCCCGAGUUUAGCUCAGGCCAGAGUGCAGGACAAAUGCAGGCCAGCUGGGCACUCAGGAGUCCAGGGUCAGUGCCAUGGUGGAGUCAGCACGGGCCCAGGUGCCUCCCUGAACUCUGCAGAACCCCCCUUUAGUCACUGUUUUUGAAAAUGGACUUGAGCUAGACAAUUGACAGGAACUAGUUUCUAAACAAGAUGCCAAUUUAUUAAUUUGAAGGACAUGCCUGCCAACUGGGCUGUAUAGUGGGAUCCUCUAGUGAGCACAUUCUGUCCCUUUGGGGAAUCUCUUCAAGAAGCUGGCCAUCAUUCGAAGCCCGCUCGGACACCUGGGGAUCAACCAGGGAAAUUAGGGGCCAGGGUUAGGGAGCUUUCACCGUCUGGAGCCCCAUUUCUGCUGCAGGGAUAGACCCGUUAGACCUUGGCUCCGAGAAGAUGACCUGCUCCUGCCCACACAGGCCUUCCUCAGUCCUUAUGAUUUCCAGCAUUUUAUAAUCCUACUUUAGCUGCGUGCCAUCUAGUCCCCUGGCUGUUAGAGCUUGUGCAGGGAGGAGUCCCCAAACUUUGCAGCACAAGUUACAGACUCUGUGGUCAUUUCUGCAUGAAACUCAUCUCCUCAUCCAUGAUGUGGUUUUGGUAUUGCGGUGGCUUUCAAAUUGUUUCCAAGCCUUUAACAUUUCCCCAGAGAAACCUUGGGGAUUAGAGCGAGUCAAGUCCACAGAACAACAAGCCUUUUGUCCCCUUCUAGAGCUGUGCUGCUAGCCACAUGAGGCUGUUGAGUACUUGAAAUGUGGCUAAUCAAAUUUAAAACUAAAAAAGAAAAGCAUCAUAGAAUUAAGGCCGUGUUGGAACAAGCAACAGAGAAGACACUGAAAACAUGGCAUGAGCCCCAGAGGGUGGGACAGAAAGAAAGAAAAGGAGAAGAAAAUGGCAGGUGUGGAAGUCAGAUAAAAGGGAAAAGCGCACAUAUAAUUGGAGUCCUGAAGGAAGAGAACCAAAGAAAUGGAACAGAAAAAGAGGAUUCAAAGGUGUAAUCAAGAAAAUAUUGGAGAAAUAACAAAUUUCCAGAACGAAAGGCGUUGCAAUGUCCCAGGUAAAACACUGGAAGAAGGAUCCACAAUGAGACACAACCUCGCAAAGUUCUCGGAUUUAAAAUAUAAAAGCCUAUGGCCAUCUAGACAAAAAGUUGAAGUGGGAGAGGGGAGACGCGUGUAUAUUCAUAGGUUGCGAACAGGACUGAACUGCUACAGCAUUUUUUAAAAAAUUGGCAGCAUUUGUUCAAAUUAAAAAUACAAGUCAUUUUAACCCAACAAGUCUACUUUUGAGACUACCCAGCGGAACACAAAAGUACCAAAGGGUAUAUGGACACAAGCAAUGCAGCGUUAUUAGAGGCAAAAAGGGAGAAACAACCUCAGUGUCUACCUAUAGGAAAAUAAUAUUGUCAAUGGAGAAUCCGUACUAUAGAAUGUUAUGUUAUUAAAAUUAAAUCAUUAGUUUUUAAUCUGUAA